GGAAGGGAGAAGAGUGAAUAAGAGAAUCGGCGGAAUUUAAUUCUCGUGAUUUCAAGAAAGUAAACAAAACACAAUCGGUGAACUUUUUAUAAAAUAUUAGUUGAAUUUUGGUGAUUGAAACUUUAUUAUGCAAGUCAUGAUGGGUGGACCAGAUGAUGUUGCUCUCCAUUUUUCAGAUGAUUUGCCACAACCUGCUAGAAAACACCCUUUGGCAGUGUUCUUUCAUCUCUUGUUCCGUUCCCUGGCAAUUCUCACGUACUUGAUGUGCAGUUGGUUUAGUAACAGCUUCAUAUCUUCUUUUGUUUCCAUUCUCAUCUUUUUGUCUUUGGACUUCUGGACUGUGAAGAAUAUUACUGGACGUCUAUUAGUGGGUUUGCGUUGGUGGAAUUAUGUAGAUGACGAAGGAAAGAGCCAUUGGGUAUUUGAAUCUAGGAAGGGAGAUGAGACUGCAAUCACUGACACUGCUGAAGCACAAGUAUUUUGGUUGGCAUUAGUUUUAACCCCUGUUGUGUGGUUCCUGCUCCUUUUCGUCAGCUUCUUUCGGCUCAAUGUCAAAUGGUUUGUUGUAGUGCUUGUGGCUUUGGUUUUGAAUGGCGCAAACCUGUAUGGAUAUCUUCGGUGCAAGGUUGGAGGAACUGAGGGCUUUUCUUCCGUUGUCUCAAAUCUAAUGGGAAGGCAAGUCAUAAGUAAUAUGUUCAGUUCGCUGUGGAAAAAACCAGAACAAACAGCUGCCCCUGCUUCUAGAGGAUUUACAAAUACAGUCUAAAUUAUUGUAAAUAGGAUGAACUUUCCAUUGUAUAUAUUUAUGAAAUAAUUUUUAUGAAGUACUUUUGUCCUAAUUCAUUAAAUGUUUUACACAAAG